AUGGCAAGAGACUCACCGGACUAUGUAGUCCUGUACGGCUCGGAUGCCGAAAUUCAAUCACUAAUCACGCAGAGCCCGCGCCUAACGCCCCAUGGUGGAAUUGCACUGUUAUCAGACCGAUUCCUCGCCAAAGCCUACAGGCCGGACUGCCUCGCCGAUACGAUGAAAGCGAUCGAAAUUGCGCAAUCUCUCGGCAUAAGAACACCAAAGAUAAUACGGCCAAUACAGUAUUCAGACGUGGAGUUCCUCGUCAUGGAACGAAUCGAAGGGCGGACAAUAGAAGACGCCUGGCCUGGCCUAAGCUGGUAUGUGUCUCUACGCCUGGCCUUCCAGCUGCGCCGCUUCGUCUCGCUGAUGCGAUCUAUUACCUCGGACACUGCCGGAUCCAUUGUCACAGGCAAUUGCAGGUCAUUCUGGUUAGAUGACCGAUUUGGACUACCUGCAAGGGCGACCGUCAGAUAUGUCAUGGAUUUCUUGGCCUUCUGGACGGACUUUGGAUCUAUCAGGCAUGAAUAUAAAAAAAGCAGUCGCGAUCACGCAGUUUUGCAAGGGUCUUCAGAUCUAAGGGUGGACACGUUUGUGCUCACACACCAUGAUCUUGCACCGCGUAAUAUUGUGGUCAACACGUCAGGAGAUGCAUGGCUGCUUGACUGGGAUCUCGCCGGGUACUACCCAAUCUAUUUUGAGUAUGCAUCCAUGUCGAAUUUCAAGAUGCCAGAGAGCUGGGGCUAUUUUGCUCGGAUGCGUUGGUGGAUUUUUGCAUGGCUUGCGGCUGGGCGAUUUCAGAAGCAAAGUAAACAGCUCUGGACAAUCAGAACAAAGUUCCUGCGGUUUCCCGUAGGACGCCGUCUCAACAUCAAAGCAAAAGUCACUCAGACGAGAUUCGAACAAGCUGAAAGCGAGUGA